UGACGCAAUCAACAACGGACAGUGUUGUCAUUCUUGAAAUGUGGGAAGCGGUUGUCUUCACAUUUGGUUCAUUUUGAAUUCUUUCUUGUGUUUUGACCACAUCGACUGAAAAUGGCUGACUACUGGAAGUCACAACCAAGGAAAUUCUGCCAGUACUGCAAGUGCUGGAUUGCAGACAAUAAGCCUAGCAUUGAGUUCCACGAAAGAGGGAAGAACCACAAAGAAAAUGUGGCUGCCAAAAUUACAGAGAUUAAAAAGAAAAGCAUUGAAAAGGCAAAGCAGGAGGAACGUAUGUCAAAACAGUUUGCAGCGAUGGAGGAAGCUGCGCUGAAGGCAUAUGAGGAAGAUUUGAAAAGGAUGGAAAGAGAAUCCGAAGGAUCAAGUUCUCCAGUCCAAGCAACACCUCAGCCAAAACCUCAGCCGAAACCGCAGGUGAAACCACAGUCCAAGAAACAACAAAAGAAAGAAGCAAAAGCGCACAAGAAGGCGAGACAGCAAACAGAAAUGGAGGUUUGGGUUGAAGGCCUUUCAGAUGAUGGACACACGUAUUACUACAACACAGUAACUGGAGAAUCUCAAUGGGAAGCACCAGCGGGUUUCCAGGGACAGAGUUCAGCCUCUGUACAGUCUGAACAGCCUGAGAGUUCAUCAGGCUGUGCUUGGAUGGAGGCUGUCAGUCCUGAGGGUUUUACAUAUUACUACAACACAGAAACUGGAGAGUCCAGCUGGGAGAAGCCAUCAGACUAUCCUCUUGAGCCACCUGGAACCAGCUCUGGGCCCAUCAUAGAGGCAGAGAGCCAGGCAGAGAGUCAAGAGGGGAGUCAGGAGGAGCCUUCAAACCCUCAGCCAGAGCCUCUCUCAGGAGAAGAGGAGAGCUCCAACGGGGCAUCAGCAUCUCAGGAGGCUGAAGUUCCUGAACAAGCCAGCCAGCAGCCCAAAGUCCCAAAGAUCAGCUUCAGGAAAAGGAAAGCAGAGGCAGAGCCUUCAGAAAAAGAGGGAGAAGACAAAGCCAGUGAUGAUGCUCCUAAAGAGGAAGAUAAAGAGGCAAAGAAAGAGGAAGAGGCUCAAAGCUCAACAGCUGAACCUGAGAAGACAGAGGAACCGGUGACACAACGGGUGGUACAAGCCAAAAGGCCCAAAACUGCAAAUCCAUAUGGGGUUUGGGAAAAGAUCCAGGAAGAGGAGGAUCCAUAUGCAAAAGUGGACCUACAGUUGCCCCAGGUGGAGGGAACCACAGCCAGCGCUCCAGCCGAGCUGCCACCGGAGCCGAAGCCGAAGUUCAAGGAACGUGUCAUCACCUCGCUGGGAGAGGAAGGCGGACCUGCUUCAUUCAGGAAAAACAAGACGCAGAACGGCAAAUCCAGGAGCCUCCGACAGAGAGACAAUGACGACUGACCGCAGCACACGAACACCUCAAAGCCAGAAUGCAGCAGGAUGAGACUUCAACGCAAGAAACAUUUGGACUUUUUGAUGCACCACUUUGAUCUCUGAAGAUGCACAUGUAGAAACAUUUUUAUGACCAAUUGGUGAGAAACUUUAAAACCAAUGUUUCUUUAAAAAAAACAAAACAAAACAAUCAAACCCUAAAAAAAAAAAAUCGACCACUGGACACACUUGGUGUUCUUUUUUGUACUGAUUUGUGUCAUGACAGUGUGUAACACUUACAGAAUUGGAUAUUAUCUCAGUGUCCCAUUGUCAUAACUUUGUUAAUAUGAAGACAUUUCUUCCUGUAGUCUGGUGUAACUAUACAAAGCAAUUCAAGUACGUUUUUGUAACUCCAUAUCUAUUUUUUUUACCAGUGUAAAAGCUAGUGAGGCAUUCUUGUGGAAACAGCGUUGCAGUAUUUGCCAGCUAAAGUAGACUUUUGUGAAGCAGUGUGGAUAGAAAUGAUUAAAAAGACGAGAAAAUGUGAUGAGAAUAAAUGAUUAUUGUCCUGAUACUGAAAAUGCAA